UUGUUUGGUGUGUUGGGCUCGUGUGGUCAUAUACAUGGGGAGCCUAGGAGGAGGCAGCGUGCUGCUCAGAUAAGAACCAUGAGCUACAGGACUGAAAUGAACUAGGCCGCUCGCUUCAACGAAGAUGUACAACUCCAACAAGAACUGAAAUGAACAGACAGUAUUAAGACCAGAGGAUCGAUGAUUGUGGGGCUGAGGAGCGGGGACGUGAGGACUAACAUGGUGACACUAAUUACCGAGAAGCUGCAGAACCAAAGCCUAGACGAUCGCUCGUGCAAAACAUACAACAUUAAUCUGCGCUCUUCUGAGAAGCUGAACAAUGGUGGCACCUUGUUCCCUUACGAAAUCAAUGAGGAUAGCCCCUGGAAAAUGAUUGACAGGGCUUGUCCAAUCAGGACGGAGCUGAACAAGAACUCCAUCUUCCCUUUUUCCAUGUGUCCCUUCAGCACCGGCACUCCUGCCAACUUUAUGCUGCCAUGGCAGAACGAGCCCUCCAAUCAGUCCUUAGUAUCAGGGUGGAUAAAUGAACUUAAUCUUAACGACAGCUUUGGGCAGCCGCUGGCACCCCCGACGAAAAGACACUGCAGGUCACUGUCUGAGCCAGACGAACUGUCGCGCUGUCGGUCCCCCUGGAAACCAGGCAAUUCCAAGGUUUGGACUCCCGUCUCAAAGAGGCGAUGCAAUAGUGGGGGCAGCGCCACUUUACAGCGCUGUAACAGCCACGGCAGUGCCACCCUGCAGAGAAGCACAAGUGUUAGUCUGCCACAGAACGCCCCGGCUCUUAACAACAACAAUGUGUUCACAGUGCCUGCCUGCAACACGUCUCCAGUCCCAAGGCCCUCUUCCGCCAGCAGCGGUUUUGUGGACAGUAGCGAAGGAAGCACAACUUCAAGCAUACGUUGGAACUCUGGCGGCCCUUGCGACUUCAGUCCAAGGAGGCGCCUUUCUCUGUCUCAGGAGCACAUCACAGAACCAGGAGAUAUUUUGCCUUCAGCCAACAGCACACCAACUUCUACUCCAGAGUUGAGGCGGCGCCAGGGCUUACUACGGUGUCGCUCCCAGCCGUGUGUGUUAAACGAGAGGAAAGCCCGGCUAAAGCGCAGACGUGACGAGGACGUCCGGUGGAGUAGGCCAUCUAUAGAUUUCUUUAAAAUGACAAGGGCCCUUAAGACAUCUAAAAGCCUUUGCUCCUUGGACUAUGAAGAUGACGAAGACCCCCACCUUAAAACCAUUGUCUCCUCCCCCUGCGAUUCCAAUGACCUCAUGAAUUUCAUCACUCCUGGGUCCAGUCCUGUGAAGGAGACCACGGAUGAAGGGACCCAUCCAAGGGAUUUUAAGAGGGAAGCCACUGUGAGUGAAAGCGAGGAAGACCUAAGCGACUGUGAAAGCAUCGAGGGCAACAUGGUUCAGAUGAAAUGUGAUGACCUGGACCUGGAGCAAAUCGAGAAUAACUAAGCCCAGAAUUGCUUCCGGUCACGGGGGCUCCCCCUGCCGCCAUCGCUUUCUUUUCAGCAGUCCCGUGGAAUGGGUCAGAGCGUAGUCACCUGUUUUAGUUUAACAAAACGAAUUCUGAAAAAGACUGAGCACGAAAAUCACGGUUUCCGCCUGGCAGCAGUAUUCGGCCUAGUAUGUGCGGCUCGACGUAUAAAGUCAAAUAGAUAUAUAUGUACUCAUUAGGUUUCCUAUGGGAAAGUAACUUAUCUACAAGUGCUUACUGAGAGUGCCUAAAUAUUUGUUACUCAGAAUAACAGGGAAAAGGGGGGAGGGGAAGGGGUUUCGGGAAGGACUACUAUUUUUUAAGCUAAUUUCGUAAUUACGUAACCUCACUUUUGGAGGGGUGUGCUAGAUGAAAAAGCGGGUACAAUUUGUUUACUUUUUGCGAACGUCUCACAUACUGGGCUGCCGAAAAACAGCGAAAAGGAAAUCGUCAGGAAUUUCAAGGAAACCUAAAAUACAAAAAAAUAAAUAAAUUUAAAAAGCAAAAAAAAAAAACUUAACAGAUAUUUUUGCAUUUCUAUAGCUUUUACAGUUCUGGAAAAAAAUACAAAUAAAUAAAAGCAUCUCUAUUUUGAAAUGAAUUUUUAGAAGGGCAUUUUAUAAACCUAAAUGUUGUCUGCCAUGAUUUUGGUGCAGGUAUAAGUUCUAUUUUGUUGUUUUGGAAGAGCUUAAAGUUCUAAAAAAAUAUAAAAAAA